GAUCGGUUGGUUCUCCACAGCCAAAAUCUUCACAAUUUCGGGAUUUUGGGUCAGUUUCCGUUAUGUUCACAUCGCAGAGGAAGCCGCGGCUGCCGCUUACGCCACAGAAUGGGGCGCGGAGAGCGGGGGUUCUCGAACCCCAUGGGCUCCCUUGGAGGGAAGGGAAAGGCUGUCAUGUUCACCGACGAUCCACCGGUACUUCCCCGGCAGCAUGUAAACUCGCUUGAUGGGGAGAAUGUAGAUGACUGGAAGCAAUUCAAGGAGGCGGGUUAUUGUACGAAGCUGCUCUGGAGAGGAGGGACUAUGAGGCUCACGUUGAUAAUUUAUCAAAGCUCCAACAGGACGUAUGUUUUCACUUUUUAGUGUAUGACGAAUCGGGUAUAUGGGUUUUGAAUCUUUUGAUGGAUAGAUGACUGGUUUUUUGGCUUUUCAUUAUGCUUCUGAAUAUUAUCAUCUUCUACGUUUCUUUAUUUUUUUUUUUUCCAUUGGCCAUUUUCUAUUUAUUACGAUUGCCUGUUCUUUUUCUGGAAUUUGGGUUCUACAUGAAUAAAGUAGCUUAGUGUUCUUUUCCCCUGGUAUGGAUUUGCUUUUGCAUACCAAUUUUUUUUUAUAAUUUUGCAAGGUUAAAUGUUAGUGUUCUAAGUGCAUUGUAUUGUUAUACAUUAAUGUCUUUAGUGGAAAGACGCAAACUUUUGUUCUUGUUAUUGAUCUUGCUGCGGGCUAUUAUGUAUGAUUAUCAUUUUUAUUUUUUUUCAUCAUCAAGAUGAAAGCUUUUCUUGCUUUAUAUUUAUAUGUCUUAGUAGGAUAACUUUUUGGUUUUGUAUUGAAGCAUUGUGGUUCAGUUUUGGCGAACUAUAUUUCAUGUGUCAGUAUACCAUUUCUUUUUGGCAGAUUUUUUAUUUACCAGGAUAAUAUGGGACUUCUCCUCAUUGAGAAUAAAGAGUGGAGUACAAA